AUCAAAGUCGUCCUUAGAUGUAGGCCUUUCAGUGAAAAAGAGUCGGCAGCAGGUCAUACCAACAUUGCUCAAAUAGACAAGGCAGCUGCGUCUGUGACCAUAGUUGAUCCACGGUCCAAUAGCGAUCCUCCCAAACUAUUUACAUUUGACUCGGUAUUUGACAUCACUUCUGAGCAAAUCGAAGUGUAUAAUAAAACAGCACGACAUAUUGUCGACUGUGUGUUGGAAGGAUACAAUGGUACUGUGUUUGCCUAUGGUCAAACUGGUACUGGAAAGACGUUUUCCAUGGAAGGAAUUCGAUCUAUACCCGAGCUUCGCGGAAUCAUUCCAAACGCAUUUGAGCAAAUAUUUUCAUACAUAAAGCAUGCAGGAUCAACAACGCAGUUUCUUGUACGUGCAUCGUACCUUGAAAUCUACAAUGAAGAAAUUCGUGAUCUUCUUAAUCCCAAAGGCAAAAAACUUGAUAUCAAAGAACGACCUGACACAGGAGUAUAUGUAAAAGACUUGAGCACAUUUGUGAUCAAGGAUGUGGAUGAAAUGGAUCAACUUAUGUCUGUGGGCAAUAAGAACCGAUCAGUAGGGUUUACGGAAAUGAAUGCCACUUCCAGUCGAUCUCACUCUAUUUUUUCCAUCACGGUCGAGGCGGCAGAGAUUGGCGAAGAUGGCGAAGAAAAAUUACGAGCUGGAAAACUGCAUCUGGUUGAUCUUGCUGGAUCAGAGAGACAAAGUAAAACAGGCGCAACUGGGGACAGACUCAAAGAAGCCACUAAAAUCAAUCUGUCCUUGUCGGCUUUGGGAAAUGUUAUUUCAGCCUUGGUGGAUGGUAAAAGCUCGCAUAUUCCAUAUCGUGACUCAAAAUUGACAAGAUUAUUGCAGGACUCGCUGGGUGGAAAUGCCAAAACACUCAUGGUUGCUACUAUAAGUCCUGCCAACUACAACUACGAUGAAACUCUGAGUACACUUCGCUAUGCUAAUCGUGCAAAACAUAUCAAGAAUAAACCCAAGGUUAACGAAGAUCCAAAGGAUGCAAUGCUAAGAGAAUUUCAGGAAGAAAUUAAGCGACUUAAAAAAAUGCUAGAGAGCGAAGGUGGAGAUGCUGGAGAAAUUGUACACGAAGUCGAGGAAAUUGAAGAGAUUGAGGAGGUUGAAGAAAUCGAAGUUGAAAAAGAAAAACAGGCGAUUUUAGCAACAACAGGCAUGGAAGAGUCUGAACGAAACAGACUGUUGGCAGAAGCCGAGUCAAGACUCGCUGAACUUGAAAACGAACGAUCGGCCCGACACGAACUUGCGAAUAAACUUGCUCAGUUGGAACAGAAGCUCCUGGUUGGUGGUGUGAAUAUUCUUGAUCAGCAUGAACAGCAACAAAAUAUGCUGGCUAAGCAAGCUCAAGAAUUGGAAGACCGCGCAAGAAUGCAGCGCGAGUUACAACGCGAGCUACUGGAUCGUGAUGAAAUGAAUCUUCAAAUUGAAGAAGAGUUUAGCAAUUUGCAGGAAGAGGCAGUUUCUAAAACUCGUAAACUCAAGAAACUGUGGAACAUGAUGCAGCAACAAAAAUCCGAACUCAAGGACGUUCAAGAAGAGCACCAACGUGAGCGAGAGGAUUUGCUAGAAACUAUUCGAGAAUUAACGCGAGAGUUGAAAUUAAGAAACCUAGUGAUUGGUGGGUUUGUGCCUGUUGAAGAGCAGACUAUCAUUGAAGACUGUGCAGAGUAUGAUGAAGCUGCAGAAAAGUGGCGCAUAGCGCAUAUUGCACAUGCUGGAAACAAUAUUCGUGGGAAAAAAAGUCUGGUAUCUGGACUAAUCCAAGGCGGACAUCCAACGCUACAUCGAGAUCAUGCUGUUAAUGAUGGAAAUGAUGCAUUAUGGGAUCCAAUGUGUGUAUUUCCAGAUCUAUUUCUUACUUAUGACACCUUAGGACUCAAAAAAAAGGAUAAUAAGCGGACCAUGCAGUCUUAUGGUGCAAGCAGUGCCAAUAUAAGCGGGGGAAGCAAAUCGAAAAACACUUCACCAUCAAAAAGCAAAAAGAAUAGUAAUGCUAAUGAACCAAAUGGAUUGGUGGCCUCAGACAGUAGUCAAUCUGGUGGAUUUUUAUUUGGAAGGGCAGGAGAUCGCAGUAUAAGCAGUUCUAAUCAGAUUGGCAACAAUACAUUUGAAAAUGAUAGUUCAGCACGGCUGCACUCUGAAGCCAAUUCAAGUAUAGGCACGGUUAUUCCUGCAGCACGAGGGCUUGUAGGUAAAAAUAAACACUAUGCAUAA